AUGAAACCUUACCAAACUCCAAAUUCUGGUCAUUCUCGUUAAGGUAGUUUAAGAGUGUAACGACAACCUUUGGCUGUAAUAAACAAUUGUCCAGAAUUUUCUUAAUGUGCAAAUUACCUAUAAUAGAAAGUUUAGGGUUUAGAAAUGAGAGUUAAGAACCUUAAUAGUUAACAUGCUGAUAGAACAGAAAAUCGAUCAACAACAGCAUAAAAAAAUGAUGCAUCUUUAUCACCAUUUAUAAGGUAGAAAAAACCAUGCAGUUCAAAUUAGAAAGUUGAUUCUUAAAGUUACUAUGAAGCCAUCAUUAAUAAACGAUUAGAAAACAUUAGUAAAUUAGAUCAAUCUCCAGUGCAUAUCAAAACUGAUAAUAUUGUGACUCAAUAAGAUAAAUAUUCAAUACAUAGUUAAUUAUCUAAUAUAGGUCAAUAACACUCGGGAAAAUUGCAUUUUAAUAGUAUUGGAAGAAUUUAGCAAUUAACUAAAAAAUUAAGAAAAUUUAAAAUGAUUAAAGAUCAAAAUUAAGAUGAAUGUGCUCCCUCUUUAGCUAAAAUUAAAUGUUUUUGCUAAGAAUAUUAUAAUGAUUGUUUCGAUUUCUAUAGAUGUACUGAUUUGAUUGCCUUAAAAUAUUUUAUCUAUUUACUAGUUUAAGAAAUCAAUAAUCUUUAUAGUUAAGAUGCUUUUAAAAUGGCAGAUAAUUCUAUGUAAUAUCAAUAGUAAAUUGAAAUGCUAAAAGAGUAAUUGGAUAACUAAAAAAGUGAUCAAAUGACUUUUUAAAACUAAUUAAAAUUGUAAAAAAUGGUUGUGGAUACUUAAAAACUAAUAUAAGAUAUUAUUAAUGUUUUAUAAUCAAAACAUAAUUAGAGUACAUUGAUUAAUUAAGUUGAAGUGUUAAAUAACUAAAUGAAAAGUAUAAAAGAUAGUAUGUCAACAAAUUAACUAUAAAAUCAAAAUGCUACUUCAUUUGGAUAGUAAUUGGCAAAAUGUGGUAUCGAUAUAAAUUAUCAAUAAAGAGCAACAAAUGAUACUUCAGCAGUAAAUUAAUCUAAUUUUAAGACUUAAACAGUUGAUGAAAGAAAUUAAACAUAAUUUAGUUCUAAAUCAAAGUCUCCUUAUAAUAGAAAUCAUUAGAAUAUAAAUUUUGAUUUAGAUUAAUAAGUUGAUUUGAAUAAAAAGUUAUUAGAUGAAUAAGUUGUAACUAAUAGAUAACUAAUGGAAAAAGUGUUUAAAUUACAAAACGAAAAAUAAUAGAUUGAUUAGAUAUUGAAAUAAGUAUAAGAAGAAUUAAAAUAAAAAAAUUAAGGAAUACUAGAAUUAGAAAAUAAUUUAUAGAAAGAAAACUUAAUACUUGAUUAAUUGAAUUAAAAUCUAGAAGAAACAGUUUAAUAAAAUUAAGAAUUAUAAAAGGAUAAUGUUAAUUUGAAAGAAACCAUUGAAUAAUACAAGAAGUUAGAAUAAAAGUAUUAUGAAUAGUUAUAAGAAAAUAAUAACUAAUUCUAAUAAUUAAAUUAGGUUUAAAAAGAAAAUGUAUCUUUAUAGAAAGUUUAAUAAUAAGUAGAGGUAUUUGAGUAGAUUUAUAGUAGGCUGAAUGUAAAGGCUAUUAAUAAUAAAUUUUAAAAUUAUAAGAAAAGUGUUAAGCACAAUAGGCUUAAUUAUAAGAUUAAAAUGAUGUGAAAUAUCUAUAAUAGUAAAUAAAUGAAUUAUUAUAAUAAUAAUAAGAGCAGAGUAAAAUAAUAGUAAUAAAUAAAUGAGUAUUAAAUUAGACGUUAAUUACUGAUGAAGCAUUGUAUUUAGGAUAGAUGACAAUUUAUGCUAGUGAUAUACUAUCUAGAUAACCUACAGAUGGAAUUCCUACAACUCUUGUAAUGUUAUAGAAAGACUUAAAUGGAAAGAGAAGUACAAUUUCAUAGAAAAUGAGUAUUCUUUAAUAAUUUGGAAACAAUAUGAGAAAUUAGCAAAUGAUUUCUCAAAGUAGUUCUAGCUAAUUCAAUGAUAAUGUGGAUUUAUUAGAAAAUCUAUAAAGUGAGGAUUCAUCAAAUAGAUAGAAGAAUUUAUGUAUUUAUUAAGAGACUGCUAACACAGUUAACAAUAAUAUUUAAUCAAAUGAUUUAAUGAUGAUGUUGCUUAUUUAAUGUAAUACUAUAGAGAAAAUGAUAGAACUUUGA